GUUGUCAAACCUAAGUUUUGUGCAUGCGCCAUGCUAACAUAUAGUCCGCAAACCAAUGCAAGCGAACGUGUAAAUAGGUCCGUAAUAGCAGGAAUUAGGGCUUACCUCAAGAACGAUCAAUCGCACUGGGAUAAGAAUAUUUCAGACAUUGCUGAGGCCCUAAGAAGCGCACAUCACCAAACAAUAGAAUGUUCGCCCUACUUUGCCCUGUUUGGUCAGCAGAUGGUGACCCACGCGGAUGAGUAUGAAUUGCUUAGAAAACUUUCAUCAUUGGAUGACAACGUAAUUGAGAGGGUCGACCGUCUUAAAUUAAUACGCCAAUCGGUUACGGAAAGCUUCACCAAAACUUUCGAGAAGUCGUCAAAGAGAUACAAUCUACGCAGUACCAAAUAAGCGUUUCCAGGCCGGUGGCAUCGUGUUCAGACGAAACUUCUCACUAAGCGAUGCUUCAAAGAAAUUUUUCUCGAAAUUCGCACCAAAAUUUAUCAAGGCCAGAGUCAUAUCCCUAAACCGAAACUGUAUGUAUGAGCUGGAGGAUACAAUAACGGGAAAAAGGGAGAUAUAUCACAUGAAAGACAUCCAACAUAGCAGCUACUAGAAGUACACCGCACCAACAUUCUAGGUGGGGGGUGUAUGUACCAUGGGUACUUGACAGCAAAUAAUUUGGACUACUUAAAGUUAUUAGCAAGUGAGAGAUUAACUUAACUUCAAUUUGCAAACUCUUAAUUUUUGUUUUUUGUGUUUUUGUCUUCAUGCGCAUUACAGUUGCGGUCAUAAAAUUAAUACCCCUUCGAGGAACACAAACAAAUAUUUUUUUGUACAUAUGUGUGCAUGUAAGCACUACGCACACAGCAAGGAAGGCCUUCUUCGCUUCGUGGGACUGCGUUGCCGACAAAAGAAAAAUGUAAGUGAAGUUUACUCUUUCUUUUUAUAUUCAAGCAACUAAUUUUUAUAAGAUAGUGAAUAUGCAUAUGUUUAUAUAUACAUAUAUAUACAGGUGUAUGUACGUGUGGGUUGGUUAAGCUUGUUCGGUUCUAACUUUUCUGGAGGAUCUGUAUGUGCAUAUGUAUCAAUACUAAAGGGUACAUACUUACAUACAUAUAUGAGUUAGUUCUCCUUUUGAUUUAAAUUUUGUUGUAAAUAUAAAUAUUUAUAUGAACCUGCAAAUAAACAGACAUGCUUACACGCGUACACUUGUGAGUUUAUUUUUAUUUUUUUUGCCUUGUAUUUUCUUUUACUUUUUAAUUUUUUUUUUGUACCAUAUAUGCGCACUCUUAAGCAUACAAAACCACAUACGCGUUUACAAAUAUAAGGUAAAGUUUUUUUUUAGUAAGAAACGAUCCAACAAAUGCGCUACAGAGGAAGAACAACACCUUGGUUGACGAAUUGUACAAAAGCAAAAUUAUUGACUACAGAGGUAAACAACAACUCGUAUGCACAGCAGCGAUUGCACCACGACUUUACGGAUUACCAAAGAUCCACAAACCUGACUUGCCCUUAAGGCCAAUUUGUUCGUCCAUCAAUGUUCCGUGUUAUGGUUUGUCCAAAUAUGUAGGUAAGAUUCUCAGUAAUCUCAUCUCUGAGGAAUACAAUAUAAAAAAUGCGUUCAGAUUAAAAGAUAAACUGGAUAAAGUAAAAGUAAAGGAAGAAUUGCUGGUGUCUUUUGAUGUGGUAUCGUUGUUUACCAACAUUCUGAUACCCUUAGCCAUUAAUAUCAUAAUGUCAAAAUGGAGCAAAAUAAAACAGUCGACGAACAUCCCCAAAAACAAACUUCUAAAUAUCCUUAAUUUCUGCCUGAAGGAUAACAAUUAUUUCGCGUGCAACGAAAAAUUCUACAUUCAAACCUUUGGAAUGCCAAUGGGAAACCCUCUCUCACCCACUAUUGCUGACAUUAUAAUGGACGAUUUACUGAACGCAACUAUGAUAGAACUUAAAGAAAUCUAUAAAAUUGAUAUACAAUUUAUAGUAAAAUAUGUGGAUGACAUUUUUGCCAUAGUUAAACGAAAGGAUGUGGACAUUAUAUUGAAAACACUCAACAAAUAUCAUCGAAAAUUGCAGUUCACAAUAGAAACAGAGGCUAAUUUCCGGAUCCCAUUUUUAGACGUUAUGAUCCAUAGAAGAAAUGACUCUUUAAUACUUGACUGGUAUUCGAAACCUACAUCCUCGGGACGUUUAAUUAAUUAUUUGUCGUCACAACCCUCUAAGUACAAAAUUAAUACUGCUAAGAACUUAAUUAAUAAGAUACUAAAAAUAAGCCAUCAACAAUUUCAUGACACAAAUAUAAAGAAAAUAUUCAACAUACUUAGAAGUAACAACUACCCGGAGCACAUAAUUCAUAGCCUAGUUAAACAAAUAACAACACAAAUUAAUGACAAACGCAAUAACCCUACGAUCACAACAACUAAUAAUAAGACAAAACGCUACUACAGUGUAACAUACCUACCUAGAAUCAGCGAAAAAUUUGAUCGCAAGAAAUACACUAACAACCAAAAUACAAUACUAGCAUACCGAUCAAAUCACACGUUGUCUUCAGUAUUUACCAAAACAAAAACUCCAAUAGAGCCGCACCAACAAAAUAUCGUAGUGUACGAAAUAACAUGCGAAGGAUGUGAAAACGAAAAGUGUAAUAAAAUUUACAUUGGAACGACAAAAAUGCCGCUUGCAGUUCGCUUAUCGGAGCAUGAAGCGGACAUCAAGAAGAACAAGAGCAACACGGCACUAUCACAACACAUAUCACCAGCAAGCGGACACACAGCUGAUCUAACAAGAGGGACAAGACAAUGAACAAAAAGGAAGACACGGAUGACAUCGCGACUGCUUAUUUAUUAUGUGUAUAGCUAAAAUCAACAGUAUGACAAGUGUACCACACGACGUUGGUAUCGAUGCGGACCAAUUAGUUUAAGUUUUUAUGUUAUUUAUUUGUUUAUAUAUGUACGUGAAUUUUAAAACUCGUGUUCAUAUGUAAGUGCAAAAUUUUAAAAAUCCUUUAAAAAUCUGUGAUUGUUUUUUAUUAUUGUUUGUAGAACUGUUCACACAUUUUUUAUGUCAUUACUAAUUUUAAAUUGUAUGUCUAUUUAUAUGUAUGAUGAUGUGAAAAUAAAAGGAGAAUAAAACACCCCUGAAGAUGCUAAGGAUUUUAGCGAAACGUCGGGUAAAAACGUGAAGAACAGUGUUUUCUUGCACAUAAAAGGGAUCAAUAAGCCUAUGAAAUACCUAAAAUAAAGUUUUUUUUUGUUUUGUUCGAUUUGCGAACUCUUUAUUCCGAUUGAUCAUUUUAAGCGAAGUUGAAUAUUUUCUUUUUGCAAGUUUAGACCACUAAAUUCUCAUUUUUAUAUAAGAAUCAAAGAGAGCAAC